AUGACUGCCACAGCCUGGGGGACCGAGCUCACACCAACCAAUGGAAGUGACCAGGCUCUUUCCAAAUGUAACAAAGCGACCCUGACCCCAACCGUGCUGGUCUUCACCGUGGCCCUGGUGGGGCUGGCAGGGAACGCGGUGGUGCUCUGGCUGCUGGGCUUCCGCAUGCGCAGGAACGCCUUCUCCAUCUACAUCCUCAACCUGGCGGGGGCCGACUUCCUCUUCCUCUCCUGCCAGGUUACAUAUUCCCUGCAGACAUUCACCAAUAACUUCCGUUCCACGUGUAUUUCCAUCCCCUACAUUUUCAUCACUGUGUCCAUCUUUGCCUACAUCUCAGGCCUGAGCUUUCUCAGCGCCAUCAGCAUGGAGCGCUGCCUGUCUGUCCUGCGGCCCAUCUGGUACCGCUGCCGUCGCCCCAGGCACUGGUCAGCGGGCAUGUGUGCCCUGCUCUGGGCCCUGUCCCUGCUGCUGAGCAUGCUGGAAGGGAACUACUGUGGCUUCCUGGUGAGGAAACGUGACCCAACUUGGUGUCGGGCGUUUGAUUUCAUCAUCGCCGCGUGGCUGACGUUGCUGUUUGUGCUGCUCGCUGGGUCCAGCCUGGCCCUGCUGGCCAGACUGCUGUGUGGCUCCCACCGGGUGCCCUUGACUAGGCUCUACGUGGUUAUCCUGCUCAUCGUGCUGGUCGUCUUCAUCUUCAGUCUGCCCUUCAGCUUCAAAUGGUUUCUGUGUCACUGGACACCCUGCAGUAAAACGUUUUCCUAUUUUCUUAGAAAGACGUGGGUCAUCCUGCCUAGUCUUAACAGCAGCGUCAACCCCAUCAUCUACUUUUUUGUCGGCUCCUUCAGGCAGCGGAGGCAGACCCUCAAGCUGGUCCUGCAGAGGGCUUUGGAGGACGACACCGAUGCGAAGAAAAGUAGCGGAAGCCUUCCUCAGGAAACCAGGGAGAUUUCGGGGAGCAUUUUCACACAGUGA